GGCUCUGAGCUCCAGGCAGCGAGAGGGGAGCCGUUGCCGGGAGGUUUCCGCACGGCCCUCUUCCGGAGCGUGCUGAGCGGUUCCUGGAGUUGGUGAGAGUGAUGGCUCCGGGGGUCUGGCGCCGACGGACCCUGGAGAGGUGUCUGAAAGAGAUCAGUCAAGCCACUAGGCAGCCGGAGCGUUUCCUCACGAUUCAAGAUGGAUUAGCAUCAAAAUUCACUUCUUUAACGAAAGUUCUCUAUGACUUUAAUAAAAUAGUGGAGAAUGGUAGCAUCCCUGGAAGUCGUUUACAAAAACUUGUGAUAAACAAUUUUGAUGAUGAGCAGAUUUGGCAACAACUGGAAUUGCAAAAUGAACCAACUUUACACUACUUCCAGGACGCAGUUAGUGAAACAAUUAAAGAUGAAGACAUCAGUCUUCUCCCAGAGGAUGAAGAAGUGGAGUAUGAAGAGGGUGGUACAGAGAUGGAGGCUGAUAGUCAGGAGGUCCUAAAACAAGAUGUGGAAGAAGAAGAAGAACUGUCAGACAUGGGUGAUGAUGAUCCUGAAGGGUGUGAGAAAGCUAAAACCUCAAGCAAAGCUGAUCUGCGGGAAAGCCCAGUUUUCAGUGAUGAAGAUUCUGAUCUUGACUUUGAUAUCAGUAAGUUGGAACAGCAGAGCAAGGUUCAAAAUGCACUGCCUAGGAAACCAAGAGAAAAGUCCAUAGUGGAUGAUAAAUUCUUUAAACUAUCUGAAAUGGAGACCUUUUUAGAGACCAUAGAAAAAGAAGAGGAACAAAAAGAGGAGGACGAGGAGGAAGAGGAUAUUGACUUUUUUGAAGACAUUGAUUCUGAUGACGAUGGAGGACUAUUUGAAAAUCAGAAACUUAAGUCAGGAAAAAGUUCCAGAAAUCUGAAAUACAAAGAUUUCUUUGAUCCAAUUGAGAGUGAUGAAGACAUGUCAAAUGUUCAUGAUGAUGAGCUGGGUUCAGACAAAGAAGAGGAAGAAAUUGCUGAAGAAGAAGCAGCUGAAGAAAGCAUUUCAGAAACGGAUGAAGAUAAUGACCUUGAAGAAAGUGAAGAUGGUAAACAACAUAAAGAAGGCUCAAAAAGAGUGACUUUUGCUUUGCCAUAUGAUGAGGAAAAUAAAGAUACAGAUGUGUUACAUGCUGAUGAAAUUAAAUCCUCUUUUGAAAAAAGACAAGAGAAGAUGAAUGAAAAAAUUGCAUCUUUAGAGAAAGAGUUACUGGAAAAAAAGCCUUGGCAGCUUCAAGGGGAAGUGACGGCGCAGAAGCGGCCAGAGAACAGUCUCCUGGAAGAGACCCUGCACUUUGACCAUGCCGUCCGGAUGGCACCUGUGAUCACAGAGGAAACCACCUUCCAACUAGAGGACAUGAUUAAGCAGAGGAUAAGAGAUCAGGCUUGGGACGAUGUAGUACGGAAAGAAAAACCUAAAGAGGAUGCAUAUGAGUACAAAAAGCGUUUAACAUUAGACCACGAGAAGAGUAAAUUGAGCCUUGCUGAAAUUUACGAGCAGGAAUACAUGAAACUCAACCAGCAAAAAACGGCGGAAGAAGAAAAUCCAGAGCAUGUAGAAAUUCAGAAGAUGAUGGAUUCUCUGUUCUUAAAGUUAGAUGCGCUGUCCAACUUCCACUUCAUCCCCAAGCCGCCAGUGCCAGAGAUUAAAGUGGUGUCAAAUCUGCCAGCAAUAACCAUGGAGGAGGUGGCCCCCGUGAGUGCCAGUGAUGCGGCCCUCCUAGCCCCUGAGGAGAUCAAGGAGAAAAAUAAGGCUGGAGAUCUAAAAACAGCUGCUGAGAAAACAGCUACAGACAAGAAACGAGAACGGAGGAAAAAGAAAUAUCAAAAGCGUUUGAAAAUAAAGGAGAAAGAGAAGCGGAGAAAAUUGCUUGAAAAGAGCAACCCAGAUCAGGCAGGGAAGUACAGCAAAGCAGUAGCUUCAGAGAAGUUGAAGCAGCUGACCAAAGCUGGCAAAGCGUCCUUGUUAAAGGAUGAAGGAAGGGACAAGGCCCUGAAGUCAUCUCAAGCAUUCUUUUCUAAGUUACAAGAUCAAGUAAAAAUGCAAAUCAAUGAUGCAAAAAAAACAGCAAAGAAAAAAAAGAAAAAACAGGAUAUUUCUGUCCAUAAAUUAAAGCUGUAAUAUAUUUUGAAUAUCUUGUACAUAUUAAUGUGUAAGCUUUCUGAUUGUUCUUUUCUGUAAUAAAAUGCUUGAGAACUGUC